AUCGAAUUUGAUGAUCCUAUCAUUCAAAGCACCCUGCUAACCUCGACGCGUAACUCUGGCGAACAAUAUUAAUCGACUCUUAUUAAAGCAGGUACCUUAGCUCACUCAGAUCGGGAAGUGUGUAGACAAAACAACCGUUUUUUUACCGUUGCACAAACCAGGACGCUUAUCACCACACUGCCUUUUAGAACACCCAGGCUCACCGUCAAGACCACAUCUCGACAUCUCACUACUCUCACUACAGCUACAACACACGACUAUUCAAAUGCCCUGAAACCCAACCAAAGAAAUGGACGACCCCUCAAACCCAUCCCGUAGCAAGCGCAAACGCGCCCCCUCCGACACAGUCAUCAACCCGCUCUCUCACACGCCGGACACCCUCCGACAAUUCUGCCUCGCCGGCUACCCCGCCGACGAGCCCCUCCCCUCCAAGGCCUACCCGGGCUUCCCGCACCGACCUCCCCGCCAUCAGCGCAAGCAGAAGAACAGAAAAUCCUCCCGCCGCAGCCGGGGCCGCCGCUCAUCAUCAGGGUUAGUAGCAGACCAAGCAAGCGACGCCGACGUCGACACCGGCCCGGAAUGGGAGGCCACAACAACGACUGAUGAUGACGACGACGACAACGAUGGUGGUGGUGGACCAGCGACGGCCGAAACUACUAGUACCCAUCCAAGUAACCCAACCAUCACUACCACCACUACCGCCACUACCAACACCACCCAGGGAAUCAGCCGCAAAGCCCGCGCAUACCACGCGCGCGUGGGCUGGCUGGCGGCCGUGGUCAGGCGCUGUCUCGCCGAGGGGGACAUCGCCACGGCCAAGCGGGCGUUUGGGCUGUUGGCGAGGGCCAAGGUGGAGGGCCAGCGGGUGGAUCUGCGGUGGGAUCGGUACUGGGAGAUGGGCGCCGAGAUUCUGAUGCGCGAGGGGGAGGAGGUUGUUGUUGCGAGGUCGGGGAAGAAGAGAAAUCCCCGUCCGAGCGGGGAGGGGGUUACGGGAGAGGGGGGAGACGGGGAGGGGGAUGGGGAUGGGGAGGAUAAUGAUAGUAGUUGGCGGCAGGAGGGAGGUGAGGAGAGAGAGAAGCGGGAGGAAGAGAAGCUAGAGCGGUUGAAGGCGUACUUUGAGUAUCUCAUCCGGGAAUACCCUUUCCGCAGGCAUCUUAGUGCCAGUAACAGGCAGAGCGCGCUGGAGUUCCAGGUGGCGUUGUUUAGCACCGAGAUGGAAGCGGCGUAUGCAAGCCACAGAAGCGGGCUGGAAAGGUUACAGACGAGUGAUGGAUGGGAGGAGGGGGAAGAGGAGGAGGAAGCGAUGAUGGAUGUUGAUGAACCAAUGGACUACGGCAUGGACGGUCAUCUGACGAGGGAGAACGACGAUGGAGCGCAACUACUGCCCGCGACAGAAGAUCAUCUCCGGGGCCUCAGCCGCCGCGAGCUGAGACUGCGCGAGAAGGAGAACGAUCUCCGGCUCUCGGCACUGCGGCGCAUGACUGAUAUCGCGCAGCGGAUGGACAGCGUCAUGGAGACCAUGCCUUUCUCACGGGACCCGGAGCUGCUCCGGUUGAGGGCCAUGGUGGCGCUGUACACAGGGGAUCUGUGUGUGCCCGCUGCUCCAAGGUCGGCAGCAGAGGAAAAGGAAAGCAAGAAAGCACGGGCUGGCCAGCGCGGCAAAGCCCGUGAUUUCCUGCGCCGGAUCCAGGAGGGCGGCGGAGAGCUGAAGGAUCAUGACGCGAUGCUAUUGGAAUCUCUGGCAACAGAUGAAGAAGAGGAUGAGGAGGAUGAGGAGGAGGGAGUAUCCGUGCUGCCGAUGUUCUCUUCGAUGGGCAUCGAGGAGGGGUAG